AUGUCUAUAUUUUCCGAACACCACUCCUCCUCGCGACUGCCCCGCAUCCUGAUCGCAGUCCUCGCCAUCCUGUCCUUCACACUCCUCCUCAGCUAUAACAGGGUAUCUUCAACGACAUACUCCCUCUUCUGGCCCGAGCCGGAGCCGGUGUCCAUCGACCCCGACGACGACCUGUCAGCAGUGUUUGACGGCAUAUCACCCAUGAGCUACGGCAAGACGCACAGGCCCCCGAUGAAGGGCAUGCCGGACAAGAUUGUGGCGGAGCUGCCCGAGAAGUUCAUCCCCAGCCAGGACGGCCGGACGAAACGCCUGGUGAUAGUAGGCGAUGUGCACGGCCAGAAAACGGCGCUGGAGGAGCUCCUGGGCAAGAUCCACUUCGACAAGGCCCAGGACCACCUGAUCCUGGUGGGCGACCUCAUCAACAAGGGCCCGGACUCGGCGGGCGUGGUGGACCUCGCGAUCGAGCUCGGCGCGCACGCCGUGAGGGGCAACCACGAGGACCGCGUGCUGUUAGUGCACGCGGCCAUGAACAAGGACUCCGAGUCGCAGAAGUCCGCGAUUGACACGGUAGAUCUCGAGACGAAAGUGUACGAGAAAGGGCAGGAGGAGAAACAGGACGAAAGAGACGAGGAGAAGGACCCCAAGGCGGCCAAGGAGGAGUACUUUGCCCACGAGGCCCUCCUCGACCGCGGCGACAAGCCCGAGUUCCAGACCGCGCGCUCCCUGUCCAAGGGCCAGGUCGAGUGGCUGUCCCAGCUCCCCCUGAUCCUCAAGGUCGGCCGCAUCCCGUCCAAUAGGGACCUCCCGCCCGCGUUCGAGAACAUGGUGGUCGUCCACGCGGGCCUCGUGCCGAACGUGUCGCUAGCCGACCAGGACCCCCGGGCCGUCAUGUCGAUGCGUACGCUCGUGUAUCCUAUAGAUGACCUGAGGAGGGCGGCCGUCCGGCGGUUCCUCGAGGAUAAGGCCAGCAAGCGCAACAGGGGCAGCGUUGCCGCCCACCAGAUCGACGAGGACCAGAUCGACGAGUUUGUGCAGAAGAUCAUGGAGGCGGAGGGCAUGAGCCCCGACCACGUCGGCGAGGACGUGGCGGUGCCCACGGAAGGGAGGGAGGGGUCCAAGUGGUGGAAGGAGUGGAACCGCUUUCAGGAGCGCCUGGUUAAGACCACGACGGCGGCGGAGGCGGAACCAGAGGCUGAGAUCGUCGCCGCUUCCGCCCCGACCCACCCUGUCACCGACGAUACCAAGCUCGAAGCAGCAGGAGAGGCCGCCCAGAAAAAGCACAAAAAGGACAAGAAGAGGCGGCAGCAGACCGCCGUGGAGAAGGAGCUGAGCGGCAUGACGAUCGUGUACGGACACGACGCGAAGAGCGGGCUGACGGUGCCCGACACCUACGGCAACGGCAAGGGCCUCACGUUCGGCCUGGACUCCGGCUGCGUGUACGGCCGGAAGCUGUCGGCGCUGGUGAUAGAGGCACGGCCCGAGGGAAUUGUGCACGGAAUCACGCAGGUCAAGUGCGACAAGGGCGCGGAGCCAUGA